GCGAGAAGAGACAAGUUUUUCUUUCUGUGCCUCCUCUGUUUCUUUAUCCGCCCCUCACGGCGCACAGUCGGGUUAAAUGUGCGUAAUGUGGGGCCGAGCGCGGCGGGACUUUACGCGUCAAUUCGGGGUGUCGUUUUUUUUUUUUUUAUCGCUCGAGUCUUCCCCUCGGUCCUUAUCUGUUUCGGGUCUUAUCAAAUGGUUAUCUCUUUUUUGCUGUGAAGACAUAUUGCGUUUUGUUUUCCAAUCUCUUAUGUGUGUGCAUGUGUGUGUGGGAGGACAGGGAUUUGACACGGAUGGAUCCAGGCGCUCUCGUGCGCUCUUAAUGGGAGUAUGACAGCCCCUGUGGACUGAAUGGUGUUUGACUGGAGUUAGAGAUGAUCAAGUUUUAGUUUAGUAGAUUCUUGAUUUAUUCUUUAUUUUUUUAUUUUUUAUUUCAGCCUCUCCUCUAAAGAUGAAAUCACACUCUCUGCCCGAAGUGGACUUGCGUUUUUCCACAACUUUGGGUAGACAACUCCCUGAGCAUUUUUUAUUAACCCCUCCGGUGUAUGGAAAGUGCUCCUGGAUGGAGCUGGGCGAAAACAGCUGGUCAAUGGUCAAGCGAGAAGUAUCCAGCAGCCCAGGGUCACCGGCUGAGCAGACCUACCUGCCAGGUGACAGCAGGAGGAACGGCCCCACCUCGGAGGAGCUGAGGACGGCUCCGAGCGAGCUCGACGCGCUGGGGCACCGCCGCUCCGACGGCAGAUCACUGCACUCCUACGUUCACUUCGGACACCAUAACAACACCCUGAACGCCGCCGAGGACAUCCCGCUGUUUACGGAUUUAGACCAGGGCAGCAAGCUCGUCCUACCCAGCGGAGCGCACAAGGCGAGCCUGCUGCUGGACUCGGCCGACAUGUACCAAACGCUGGCCAUCGCCGCAGCCCAAAGCCAGACUGGAUAUGAUUCCUCCUCUGGUGGUUACAUGCACUCCAACCCCAACUCUCCCGUGUACGUGCCCAGCUCCCGGGUGGGCCCCAUGAUACCCAGCCUAUCUUACCUGCAGGCCAGCGGCUCUGCGCAGUCCAGCCACGCCGUCUCCAGUCACUCGGUCUGGUCGCAGUCCACCCCGGAGAGCCCCUCGUACAGCACCGGGAGCCCGCACACCUCCAGCCGGUUCCACUACCCUCCAAGUCCGCCCAUGAAUAACGGAACCCCGAGAGACACCGGUUACACUAACACGCUGAACAUGAGCAACAGGGACCAGUACGGCCUCUCUCGGCCCCUCGGUGGCACCUACGCGAGUCCAUACUCUCCUUACGUCGCACCGCAGCUCUCCCAGCUGCCCUCGCCUUGGACCGGGGGACCUUUCGACAACACCAUGCUGCACACCUUGCAGAGCAGAGGCGCGCCCCUGAUCCGAGCACCAAACGGAGAUAUUCUCGACGACAUGGGGGAGAGCAGGGAGUGCGUCAACUGCGGCUCCAUCUCCACGCCGCUGUGGAGGCGCGACGGCACGGGCCACUUUCUCUGCAACGCCUGCGGCCUGUACAGCAAAAUGAAUGGGCUGAGCAGGCCAUUAAUUAAACCCCAGAAACGGACGUCGACAUCAAGAAGAAUCGGCCUCUCCUGCGCCAACUGUCAAACCAGCACGACAACUCUGUGGCGCAGAAAUGCAGAGGGAGAGCCAGUGUGCAACGCAUGCGGCCUUUACACAAAAUUACACGGGGUACCUCGGCCGCUCGCAAUGAAGAAAGAGGGAAUUCAGACGAGAAAAAGAAAACCCAAGACAAUGAAUAAAGCAAAGGGAUCCUCUGGAAAUAACAACUCAAUCUCUAUGACUCCCACAUCCACCUCCUCAUCCAAUUCUGAAGAUUGCUCGAAAAACAGCUCUCCCUCCGGACAGGUGUCAGGGGUCAGUUCGUCUGUGCUGUCCAGCUCAGGGGAGGGAACAGGCUCGGCCUCAGCGCUGAAGUACCCGGCACAGGACGGCCUGUACACCAGCGUGGGCUUGACCCAGCCAUCAGAUGUAGCUUCAGUGAGGGGUGAACCCUGGUGCGCCAUGGCUCUAGCUUGAACACCAAAAUCUGGUUGUGGGAGGACAUCAAUCCCUGGCCCCUUCUGUCUGGAUGCUAUGUGUUGUGGAAGUAUUCCGGGGGCAUUGUUUGUUUCCUUCCUUGCAGCUGAUGCAAGAGAGAGUCGGACGUUGGGGGAAAAAGAAUCGUGAGACCACUUCAGGUCGUGCUGCGAGCUUGAAGAUUGGAGUAUCUGGGAUUUGUUUCCAGAUCGGUGUGGGGAUCUUGUUGCCUUAAAGAAAAAGAAAAACCAAAAAGGGAGACUCCAGGCCUGUGAUCAACCAGGUGGCCUGCUGCGGACGGUUCCUGGACCUGCCGUGCCCUCGAUAUCUCACCCCGUCCGUGGCACAGAACCAGACCCGGGGGUCAAGAAGCAAGGCCAUCGUGUACAUAACGGAUUUCCUCUCGGAAGAAAAAAGCUGUUGAUUGGAUAUCAGUGCUUCAUAAAGCGCUGAGCUCUUUUUAAGUACAUUUAGAUUUUUCCUUUUCUUUCCACAACUGGAAUCAUGCCACACGUGCCGAGACAACUUUAAUGAAUCAAAAGAAGAAAGAAUAUUUAUAAAUCUUCCAAUGUUGAAAACAUGGCUAUGAUUGUUAAUAAAGAUAUCAAUAUAGAGUAGAAGUUAAAACCUUUCUGAUGUCUUCUUUUCCUAUUUUUAUUUCUUUACAAGUGGUUGUUAGUAGCAGUAGUGUUGAAUCUGCACAUGUUUUCCACUGAAAGCUCUUACUGUAUUUGACUGAAACUUGUUUGGUUUAAACAGGGUAUAAAUGACUGUGUCAUCUAGUGUGUUUGUUUAAUUCAUUGCAAAUAUCGACUCCUUCAGACUAAUUUUUUUUGAUACUUGUCGGCUGUGGGCUGUAGCGUGAUGGUACUUCUCUCAAAGCAGGGCUUCGAAAACACUAUUUCACAUGUGAAGAGGUCGGACGGCUCGCUGGAACAAAGCACACCCAGAAUAGCUGUGAGCCAACCUGACAUUUAUGUUACACAACUGUUGGCUUUGCAACCUGAUUCAUUAUAGACUGUGUAGCUGUCACAAUGCAAGUAUGUACUGUUGCAUCAAUUUGUAUACCACAAUCAGAGCAAUGUGGAGAGUGAGGUCACCUGAACAAAUUCAUGUUACUUUCGAUGACUAGUCCCAGCGAGGAUCCAAAGGAAUGUAACGACCCAGCAGUUUAACGUGGCGAGAUGUUUAAUGAGACAAUAAAUAAAGAUGCAAACAGUU